GUAUACUGUAUAUGACAUUGAGUGAAGAGAGUAUUUGUAUGUGUGAUCUAGAGUGGAAACAAAUUGAAUUUGAGUUUGGGAUGUAUGAUCGUUGUUUGGAGCAAGCCCUUAGAAGAUCGUGGCGUUUAGGGCGAGAUCUCUGAAACCCUAACCAAUGGUGGGACCGAAACGGCACUUCCUCCCACUGAUCCUCGUCUCCCUCGCCGCUUUCAUCUUCUACACCCUCCACCACUCCUCUCUCCCACUCGACAUACCCGAAUCCAACCUCACUUCCACUUUCCCCAACCCCAUGCCAACCCAAUCCCCCAAUUUCACCUUCCUCAUCAACGUCCUCGCCUUCAACCGCCUCGCCGCCGUCUCCCGCUGCCUCCGCUCCCUCGCCGCCGCCGACUACCUCGGCGACCGCGUCCACCUCCACCUCCACAUCGACCACUUCGCCCCCGACAACGCCUCCUCCCUCGACGCCAAGCUCCGCGAGUCGCACCGGAUUCUGGACUUCGUCGAUGGCUUCGAUUGGAAGUUCGGCGAGAAAGUCGUGCAUUACAGGACCGCCAAUGUGGGCCUCCAGGCCCAGUGGUUGGAGGCCUGGUGGCCCGCUUCCGACCACGAGUUCGCCUUCGUCGUCGAGGAUGAUCUCGAGGUUUCCUCGCUUUACUAUGAGUUCGUUAAGACGUUGAUUAUCAAUUUCUAUUACGAUGCCUCCAAUUAUAGCCCUUCCAUCUAUGGGGUUUCGCUGCAACGACCAAGGUUUGUUCCAGGGAAGCAUGGAAACAAAUUACAGUUGGAUGACCAAACACGACUUUUCUUAUACCAGUUAGUUGGCACAUGGGGUCAAAUUCUCUUUCCAAGGCCAUGGAAAGAGUUCAGGUUGUGGUAUGACGAGAACAAAGCAAAGGGCAAUAAGCCAUUUCUUGAGGGCAUGGUGACUACAGGAUGGUAUAAGAAAAUGGGAGAGAGGAUUUGGACACCUUGGUUCAUAAAGUUUAUUCAAUCCCGUGGUUAUUUUAAUAUCUACACAAAUCUUCUGCAUGAGAGAGCAUUAAGUGUUUCUCACAGAGAUGCUGGAGUAAACUAUGGGAAAACUGCUGGACCUGAUUCUAAAUUGCUAGAGGAAAGAUCUCUGGACUUCAAUAUUUUGGAAAUGCAACCAUUGAGUAGUUUAAAAUGGUUUGAUUUUUGUUUCAGAGAAGUACAUCCUGGAAAGAUUGUCACUAACCUGGAAGAGCUUGGAUCGUUGCUUCACUCUCUGCAGAAACGGGAUAGUGUCUUCUUGGUAAAUCUUUUUGGGGUAUCGGAUGCUAUAACAAGAAACUUACUAUGCCACUUUGAGAGGCUAGAUAUCAGGAAUUAUAUACUUAUGGGCCCUCCAUCCGACUCCUUAUUUGAUCUGGCAAGGAGGGGGCAUCCUGUAAUUAAUGUUGACCAAUUUAUAAAUAGUGUUGGAUUGUAUAAAUUCACUUCACAAGGUUCGAGUUUUGAUACCAUGAAGGGUAUUUUGGCAAAGACUUAUGUAAUUAAGAAGUGUAUCGAGAAUAGGUAUAACACGUGGGUUAUGGAUGGGAGCAUGCUUCUCACUUCAGACCUCUUGUCUGAUUCUGGAGAUCCCAAUAAUGACUUCUUUGUUGCAAACAACUUUGAACUCUUCUAUGCUAAAAGUUCAUCUUCUAGUGAGAAACUCUGGGUUGAUGGCUUUGUGUCAAAGGUUGUAGCCACGACAGAGUCUUUGGCAGGAAAAGAUUCACCAACCCAUGGUAGGUUAAGCUUUGUGUAUAUUGUAACAAAAUUAUUGGAGCAGAAUGGUGCGAGGAUUACAAGAGUUGAUGAGACUUCUUUUGGCACGAAGAUUGGCUCUGGUAAUGUGAGUGAAUCUUCGCUUCGGGAUAAAAAGUUGGUAUAUUGGUCAACUGAGAUGGAGCUGGAUUCAAUUCAGAAAUGGCUCAAAGAGUUGAAUUUGUGGAGCAUAGACGGUGAUUUGUCUUGCACCGCGGUGGUCUGUCACAAAUCAUAGCAUUUUAUGGCGGCUAGUUUUUUUUAUAUCUUUUUUAUUUUUAUUUAUAUUUUUUAAUUUGCUACUACUAUUUUUGACUUUUUGAAUGCCAACUUAGCUUACAUAUUCUUUUUACCCAUUUUGUACCAUCAUUUGUAACAAUUCAAUUCACCCAAUCACCAGCUGCACUACUGUUUAACAGAAAUGCUUGUAAGGACAACAAAAAUAUUAGAUUAGCUGCUGCUAUGGGUGCUAAUCAUCGCACAUUGAAUGAUAAAUUGCGAGUGUUAACGUAUUCAGUUU